UGUCCCCGGGGCUGGCGGAGACUCUUAUUCUGACAGCGGUGCGGGCAGGGGACAGGCAGGGCCCGCCGUGUCAUCUGCUGGCACCACAUUAAAGCCUCGGGUCUUAUAACGCUACGCGGAGGGUACUAUGCCAGUCCGGGUCAGUGAAUGACGGUCCCUUCCCAAAAUACCGGUUAGAGCCCAGGUGACAACUCCCAGGCUGUAGGGAAAAUCCACACCAAGAAAGCCUCUAUUCUGCAAGGCAAGGGUUCCAUUCUAUCCAGGAGCCCAGCCAAGAAAGUUUUUGUGGCCUACCACCUAGUUUUUACCAGCCACCUAUCCAAAGCCAAAUAUCACCAACAAAAACCCCGGACAGCUGUGAAACCUCUCCUAUGAGUGUCCCUAAUUUCCCAUCAGUUUCCUCUAUGUGUCAACCAACCAUGUUUAACUACGAACGUCCAAAACACUUUAUCCAGUCUAAGAAUGUGUGUCAAGGGCAACAGCAGCCUCCGGGACCAGCAGCCUCUACAGAGUCGAGCAGACAAAUCAAACAGUCCUCCAUCCUAAUACAGCCUCGUAACCCAAGUGGGCAGAAAUUCUCCUCCUCGUCAUCGCUGAGCUCUUCAAUCACCCUCUCCUCGCCUUCCUGUAGUGCCCCUAAGGAAUCCACAUAUCCCGUCACACCUGCAUCUGCGCAAUCUCCUGCUAGCUCAUCAUCUGGGCAACGGCUUAUAUCCAUGCCUAACCAACCCCCCGCAGCAUUCCUGUGCUCAGUGCUACCCUCGCAGCCCGACUAUAACAACCAAACUCCUUCUCCUAUGGAACCUCAUUACUCACAACCAAUGUAUAACAAACAAGCUAGCAUCAACUCUAUGCAGAAGACAUCAGACCAAGAAAUUCGAGGAACAAAAGAGGCCCUCAUUCAGGACUUGGAAAAGAAACUCCGAUGCAAAGACAACCUUCUCCAGAAUGGCAACCAGCGAUUAACUUAUGAAGAAAGAAUGGCUCGCAGGCUGCUUGGACCAGUAAAUGCUGCAUCUGUGUUGGACACACAGAGUGAAGACAACAUGCAGAACGCACAGCACCAGAAUGCGGAAAACGUCAGGCUGCAGGUUCCUACAACACACAUAAGGAGCAGACCAUCCUCAAGAGGAGAUGAACGUGGACAUGAUUCAAUCCAGGAAAAAUUUUUUCAGCCACGUUUUACACAAGUGCCUGAAGACAUAAUUAUUGAGGAGGGGCGAUUCUGCAGGCUUGAUUUCAAAGUGAGUGGGCUGCCGACUCCAGAUGUUAUGUGGUAUCAGAAUGGAAGGAUGGUUCAUCAAGAUCAGUUCCAUAAAAUGAUAGUGUCAGAAAAGGGAUUCCACUCAUUUAUUUUUGAAGCAGUCAAAUCAUCUGAUGCAGGGACAUACGAAUGUGUGGCUGUCAACCGUGCAGGAGAAUCGUCUUUUGCAGUUAAAGUGGAAGUAAUUGCAAAAGAACAUCACAUGCCUCCAACUUUCAUCUUCAAGCCACAAAGCAAAAAAGUUUUUGAAGGAGAUACAGCCAGACUCGAAUGCCAGAUCUCUGCUAUCCCAACACCUCGGAUUUACUGGAAAAGAAACAACGAAAUGGUACAAUAUAAUACAGACCGAAUAAGCUUGCUGCAUGACAACACUGGAAGGAUUUGCCUCCUGAUUCAUAAUGCAAACAAGAAAGAUGCUGGUUGGUAUACCGUAUCCGCUGUCAAUGGAGCUGGUGUGGCCACAUGCCAUGCCAGGCUGGAGGUUGCAACCCAUGCAAACAAGCCAGUUCCAGCCCCAAAGCAGUUACGGGUUCGACCAACUUUUAGCAAGUAUUUGGCACUUAAUGGAAGAGGACUGGAUGUCAAACAAGCUUUCUCACCAGAAGGAGAGUUUCAGCGUUUGGCUGAGCAGUCUGGACUGUAUGAAAGUGAUGAACUUUAACUGGAAAUGAAGAGGAAAACUCACACCCAUAAGAGACAAUUACAACAUAGAUGCAGAUAACUGGUGAUUGCUCUAAUUAGCAAAAUACCUAUCUACAUAUUUUUACUUUGACUCUUGCACACUCAGCUGUUCCCAUUUUACCAUGUUAGAUUUUAUUUAUAUGGUUUGGUGAAUAUAACCAUUUACUGAGUAUUUUAUUUUAACUAUAAAGCCUAAGAAAGCAGGCUAAUUAGUUUUCACAAGUGUGGGUGGUUUUAGUUCCACCUGUGCCUGGUUACAUGCUAAAGUAGGUUGGUUUGUACUGCUUCUCUAAUAUCACUCCUGAUAAUAUCAGAAGUCUGUACUGUCUGAAUGCUAAAACCAAAUAGACUAGAGUGUUUUUAAGAGAAUAAAUUAGAGGCAAAUAAAAUUUUAAAUAACCAACA